AAAAAUGACAAACUAACAUGUAGAUGGAACGCGCCAUCUAGAGGGCUUUCAAACAUGUUAUUAACAUGUAGACACACGCUGUGUUUCUUUUGCACGUCAACUAGUAAAAUGUGAGAAACAGAAGUCAGGAGAGAAAAUAGAUACAUAUUUCUGCAUAGGAAAUAAUUGCAAGAGUUAUUUUCUACAUCGUAAUUCUAAAGGUGACACAGAUCAGCUUUAAUAGUUUUGAGACAAACUGAUAGAUGGUUUCUUUGGCCUCUGAAAAGUCUUUGCUGCCAUGAAGGAUUUCUGCAACAUCCUUUUGGUAGGAGAGGGAAACUUCUCAUUUUCAGUCUCAGUAUGUGAGACAUCCGGCCCGAACACCAACAUCACGGCAACCUGCUAUGAAGAGGAAGAAGUUGUUGCAGCACAGAAAGAUGCUUUCAGCAAUGUUCAGAGGCUUAAAGAAAAAGGAGCUGCAGUUCAUUUCCAGGUUGACUGCACCAAACUUCAGUACUGUCCAGUCUUAGCUCCUGCAGUGUUUGACUGUGUCAUAUUCAACUUUCCUCACUGCGGGCGAAAAGCAGGUGUAAAGAAGAAUCGAGCUCUUCUAGCUAAAUUUUUCCUCAGUUGUGCUGAGGUCCUCACAACAAAAGGAGAAGUCCAUGUUGCUCUGUGUAGAGGGCAGGGUGGAACCCCAGCCGACCAGCCAGUCAGGGAAUGGCACAAUAGCUGGCAGGUUGUUGCCAUGGCUGCAGAGGCAGGGUUUAUCCUCAGUGAAGUUAUUCCUUUUAAGACAUCUGAACAUUGCAGAUAUAAAAAUACAGGUUACAGGAGUCAAGAUAAAUCAUUUCACAUUGAAGGUGCACUGAACCAUAUUUUCACAAGAUGUUUACCUAUUGGUUGUUCAAGAUCUGUCAUCUCUCAAGCAAAAUUUGAUGACAAAUGGAUUUCCUUUCAUGUUCCUGAAGAGCUGGUAGAAAGAAUCGACAGAAAUUUCCUGGAAAGGACUUGCUGUCAUCCUGUCAGCAUAGUACACGGACAGCUUAUUAAAGACGUCAGUGAAAUAUUCCCCGUGCACAGGUUUAGUCAUUCACACAGUCUUCUGGUCAAAGUGAACUUUAACAGAGCCUCAUUCUACGGUUGCAAAGGCUUGCUUGCUAGUAUUUAUUUUGUAAGAUCAAUUGAUUAUAAAAAUAGCAAUCCAUGGCAAACAGAAAAUAAGAUUCCUAGUGCUAUUUUGUCAUUUACUGGUUUAAGUGUGGACAGCUGCAAAGAAAGUGGAGAGCAUAGUGCUUUGAUAAGGGAAUUAGAGUCAGCUGAAUAUUACCUCAGACCAUCUCUUUUGGUACACAUACAGGAAAUCAUAAAUGGAAAAGACUUCUUGCCCCAAACACUUCACAUUGUAAGUGGCCCUGUGUUCAGAAAGUGUUUGAUUUCUUCAUAUACUAUGCCAGCUUAUCAUGAAAUUCUAUUUAUUUGGGGCUCAAAUGAUGAUCCUGGAAUUGAAUUUUUGCUUUCCUUUAAGCAGAGUAUUGCAAAGUUUCUAACAUCACUUCUUAAGCUUGUCCCUGAUCAUAUAGUUACAUUUUCAGACAAGCCAAAUGAUCAAAGAAAAUGUGAUCAGUCAUGGUUUGUGAACAGCAAGGAGCUGUUUCCCGAGGAACACUGCACCAUUUAUGUGAAUUUUGGAUGUGAUUCUUUAGAUUCCAAACAUGUUAAUAUUGGAAAUAUAUAUGUAACUCCUGCAGGUCAGAUUCAUAAGGAGCUAGCUUUUUGCAUUGCAUUUUUAAAUCUUGACCUUCUGGCCAUGUUAUGUUUUAAGAUACUUGAUUGGAGAAUGCUUUGGACAUUUGAUGAACGUUUUCUAAACCAGUUCCAGGAACCGGAAGUUCUAUGGUUCAAGAAUUUUUCAUUGUAUCCACCUUCUUUUACCCAUGAUGUCAGUUUUUGGAUUAGUCCUGGAGGGCAUUUUGAUGAAAUAGAGUUCCACAUAGCCGUCCGUCGUGUUACUGGUGAAAUGGUCAAAGAUGUUAUUUUGAUGGAUACGUUUGAACACCCAGACACAGGACAAAUCAGUAAAUGCUAUAGGAUGAUUUACCAGUCUUGUGACAAAGCUCUUUCUUAUCAGAAAGCUUCAGAGUUGCAACUUCGUCUUAGACAAGUAUUGCAAGAGUAUUUACAAAUAAUUUUAAGGUAACUUAUUGCCUACUGUUAAACUGCUUGGAGUGAACAAAUGUAAACUUGAGCUACUCAGGAUAUGCAGUUUCAAGUAAAUAAACAGAAUCUCUACCAUAAGCAGUGCAACUCAGUUGACCUUAAGAAGAAAUUAUUAGUUUUUCUGUUCCCUUUUUAAAAAUGGAGGCCAAUGAACAAUGUUGUGAUGUCUGUUAAAUAUGUGAAUGGACCCUCUUCAGUGAUGACUUAGACCAGAUGCCAAAAGGAAUUACUCUGUAUCCUGCACUUGUAUUUAUAAUUCAAUGAUCCUAUCUUAUUAGUUUAUGGGUACAUAUAAUUCAUGUACACUGGCAGGGGCCUCACAGUAUGGCUGAAUAAUAAUGGUUUACUCAUGUGAUGCCAUACAUGCAUUACAGAUAUUUAAGCAGCCUCAUUUGUAUUAUGAAAUAGGUUGGAAAGCCUGUGAAGUAAUAGUUCUCACAUUUUGCACAUCAGCUUUCCUUCAAGACUUAGAAAUGACUUAAAACUAGAUUUCACAGGUCUUCCCCAUAAAAAGGCAGGCUUUGCAUUAUUCAUAUAAACAAAGUAAAUGUAUUGUUUUUGGUUAGAACACAUGUUUUCUGUCUACAAAAGCAGACCCUCGCACCAUACUCUUAUACAAAAUAACUAAGGUUUGGAAUAUAGUGUAAACCUUCACCCCUGCUGUACAGUUGGUUACGUAGCUCAUUCAAGCCUAUAAUGCCCUUUCUGUAUACUUCUAGUAAACACCCACAGCUCCUUAUGGUGUCAUCUUUUUUUGGGUCUGGCUUUAACUAUUUAUUUAUCUAUUUAUUUAUUUUACAUUUGUUGACCGGGCUAGUCUAACUGGAUAUAUGUCCAUUUUCAGUAGAGGCCCGGGGAGAAAAGCUCCAAGUUUUAAUACAUAGUAAAAAAUCAGUCUACAUAAAAGUUAAGACAGUCAAAUCAGUAAAACAGAAAAAAAAUAAAAAAAGAUAAAAUAUGUACAUUUUUUUUUUUUUUUUGAGAUGAGUAGAAGAACAAUAUUUUCAAGGUAGCUUAGAAUAAAAGAAAGGAUAAAGCGAGAAAGAGGUGGGGUAAAGAUAGGAAACUAGAUAGGAACUAAAUGACUUAACAGCUGAAACAGGUGGCAUUUGAAAGUGUAAUAUAUAUAUAUAUAUAUAUAU